AUGGCUCUACAGGAAGAAGGGUGGCCUUUGGGGCUGAGAUUAUUGAAUGCAAGAAUUGGGUUGGUAAGGAAUGGUGAUUUCUCUGGAUCAAUCUCCUUCAGCACUGUGCUCACAGCAUCUCCCACUCCUUCAACUGAUGAUUCUUCCUCAGUUCUUGACACAGAGUCCACUGGAUCAUUCUUCCGUGACAAGAGCAUCACGCUUGGCAGACUCAUUGGUAUUUCUAGCUUCCUAGAACUCUCAAGGAGAUCAACCAGGGGAAGAAUGGUGGAACCGUCAAAGGACAACAAAAAGAAUCAUAAGCUAAGGCCUUGGUUGUUUUCACUUUGCUCAAAGCUAACUACUGAUGCAGUGAGUGUGAAUGAUGCUCCCUCUCUUGGUCACUAUCUUGUGGCAGAGAGAAGAGCUGCAACUACCAUUUAUGGACCUAAUGAUUUUUCCCCGGUUCAUACGUCAAACUCGCUAUUUGUUGGUGGCCAAGUUGCUCAAAGUUCAACUUCACUGAGAGAAGAUGGUAGAAGAGAGCCAAAUAGAUCAUUAGAUCAAAACACUGGAUAUGGGGCACCGAUAAUUUUCGGUUCUUUAUGCAGAUAA